AUGGUAACGGAACUCGACUCCACCGCUGGAUCGCAGAAGGCCAGAAACAGUCUCAAAACUACCAAGGAGCAGCUGCCAUUGCGCGAAUUUUUCCGAUCCUGUAUUUUACCAGGUGGCAUUGUAAUUGUAACUCCACUGGGAGUCACGUCUACUUUGACAUUGUGGGAAAAACUGCGUUCGCCUCUGUGGUUCACACGAUACAAGGCGAUUUUGAUGACGUUGACUCAAACAGUCGGUCCUGUCACCACGAUCCUCGUACUCAGUGUCCUCACUGAGUAUCGCGUUCAUCGAAGUUUGAAGAAGCGGAGAAAGCUUUUCGAGAGUCAACGGCGUAGUCGAUCGGUCGUUCUUACGGAAGAAUCAAAGGAGAAAGUGUCACGCACUGUUGCUAUAUUCAUAGCUGUAAAAUUCGUUAUAUUCAGGUCUAUGCCUGUCUUCUUCGAUGUGUACGAGAAUCUCUAUGGAAUCGAAUCUUUCGGUGUCGCACUGUCCAUUCUCGUACGUAUAUCGGACUUUAUGAUCGUGCUCAACUCGGCUACGAAUUCACUGGCUUAUUUUGGAAAGAAAAGAUGGUUGGAGAAGCGUCUGCAUCUACGACUAGUAAAACGAGACGAGAGACGUCUGGAGAAGGCGAUGCGUCGAGCUAGUCAGGAGGCUGUCUUUUGA